UCAAACGAGUCUUUUAUGAAUGGUCGUCUUCAAAAGAUGCGUUCGAAGAAGGUUUGAAAGAAUGUGAAAAACGAUCAUACCGUCAAAAAUGACAAGAUUUCAUCAAAUGGAAAGUAAUGGUGAGCAGAUGAAAACGUUUGUUUUUGGCAAUAAAACUAAACAAAAUACGACUGAAACUAGUGAAAAGCUGGAAAUUCUUAUACCGGAGCUUUUACUUCCCGGUUACUCGUUUUACACUUGGCCAUCGGCUCAAAUCCUCGCCUGGUUUCUGUGGCAAAGGCGAAUAUCUCUUCUAAACAAACGUAUUCUAGAGCUUGGAGCAGGGACUUCACUCCCCGGCAUAGUUGCAGCAAAGUGCGGUGCUCACGUAACUCUAAGCGACUGUAGUACAUUGCCGAAAACUAUUCAGCAUAUCCAACGCUGCUGUCGACUGAACAAUUUAAAUCCGGGAAAGGAUAUUCAGGUUAUUGGAUUGACUUGGGGAUUGUUUCUGGAUCAGGUCUUCCAACUGGGACCGAUUGAUUUGAUUAUAGGCUCAGACGUGUUCUACGAUCCUUCAGUAUUUGAGGACAUCUUAGUGACGGUAUCCUUUCUGCUAGAGGCUAACACAGCCGCUAAAUUUUUAUUCACUUACCAAGAGCGAAGCGCUGACUGGUGUAUAGAAACCUUACUGAAAAAGUGGAACUUGGUGUGCAACGUUGUCAGUUUGGACAAUUUAACUGGUGAAUUCGAUAUCGAUCCGCAGGAGUUGAUGGGAAACCAUACUAUUCAUCUGCUGGAAGUAACACGACACUCUUGAAUUUCAACAGUUACUAGCAUUGAUUUGAGUUAUCCGGUAAAUAAUUUUCACCAGCAUGUCUUCCACUGGCGCAAUUGCCCGCGGCGUACAAAAACUUUUUAUCAGUAAUCUACCUUGGACUGUAAGUAAAAAAGAAUUAUGGACGUACUUCUCUAAAUUUGGCCACGUACAUUCUUCUAAUGUAAUUUACGAUAAGACAACGGGCUUAAGCCGCGGCUAUGGCUUUGUCGUAUUCAGUACAAAGGAAGGAUAUAGUAAUGCAACCAGCAAACUGUACCAUUCGCUGGAAGGACGAGUACUGCAUGUGGAACCCGCUGCUUCGUAGAUCAAAGUCGAUAGUUCAUUGUACUGAGUUAUACAAUUAGAUUAUAUGAAAAAUGUAGAAGCAAA